GCAGUACUCGAACGCGCGUGUACCAUUUCAACAUUAAAUAUCGAAUUUAAUUAUGAUUUAAACGUUUUGCCAUAUGGACACGAAAGACGAUCAACAAAAUUCGCCUAAAAAGGUGGAUUCGAAAGAAGAAUCGAACGAGGCGGAUCGAGAGCAAUCGACACCAGGACCCGGAGUAAUACGAAGAAAUUUCAUAACAACUUCCGGUACUAUAGUGGAAACGAGCGAAGAACAACCACCGGAACCCACCACCGAGGAAGUAGUAAAUACUACGGGGUGUAAUUCGAACGAACAAAGUCCGACAAACGUAAUCGUCGAUAUGCCGGCAGAGAAUUUUCAAAAUACGACUUACGGUCAAGAUUUGGAAUACGCCACUUUGAAUAUCGAAGGGAACGUGGUACCAAUAGCGGUGACAACUAAUAUAGAACAAACCGGCGACUACGCCAACCUCCAAACGGCUCAAUACAACAACGGUUACAGCGACGCCACCCAGUAUCUAACCCAACAACAAUACAAUAAUUUGUACAUGGAAAGAAACAGUGUCGGAAGCUCUUCUCCGAACGCCGUUUUAUACAGGGAAGAUCCGAAUUUGGCCGCAAAUCGAUAUCAAGGCAACUACGACGGCGCCCAGUCCCAAAUCAAUUUGAUAUCCGCUUCGGGGGAGACUUACUACACCGGUACUUGGCCUUCGACGAGCAGCGGUACUUACCACCAACAAUACGGUAACAACCCCAUACCGCAGGCAGAUAGUACCCAACCUUACGGGGGUUUAUUUGUUAAUUCGUCGUGGUCUUCUGGUAGUUUAGACGAGGGACGUCCGCCGCCGGGUCAAGAGGUACUAGUUAAAGAAUGCGUUAAUUGUGGGGCUAGUGUCACACCCCUUUGGCGUAGGGACGGUACGGGGCAUUAUCUGUGCAACGCUUGCGGUUUGUACCACAAAAUUAACGGGGUGCAUAGACCCCCCAUUAGGCCCAACAAAAAACCACAGGCGACCGGAAAUCGUAGGAACGGCGUCACUUGUGCCAAUUGUAAGACAAAUAAUACAACUUUAUGGAGGAGGAACAACCAAGGAGAGCCGGUUUGCAACGCUUGCGGCCUCUACUUCAAAUUACAUAACGUUAACAGACCUAUCAGUAUGAAAAAAGACGGUAUCCAGACCCGUAAGAGGAGACCGAAAAAUUCUGGGGGAAGUCAAGCCGUUUCCGGUCAUAUGAGAUUAGGUAGCGUCAUCUCUGCAUAUCCCUACCAAAACAAUCCAGAGCUGGACUUACAAGAUCAAUACCAAGUACCAAUAAGCCUGUACCAACCGCCACCCGGACCUGUGCAAUACCGACAAUUCAAUUCCGACAACCUCAGAAGCCUAAAGUAAGUACCAUGCGCAGCCGCUACAACCGAUAAUCCCCGCGGAAGACGAACAAACCAGCGUGAUAACCUCGACUUCACAACAAGCCAGAUUCAGACAGGAAGUCGAAGAUGACGAAAGCAACGGAAAUCCUCAUUCGAAUGCCUAACGAACUUAUUCUAGUAAAGAUGCUCGUUAAUCCUGCAUUACGGAAUUCAUCUUGUUUGUCCUAUAUAAAAAAAUGAGCAUAUUGUUGGAAUACGAAUGGAAUUUGUUCGCUAGAUGACGUAAUUCGAAAAAUUAUCCACUUAAAAUGAAAAAAACGAUUGUUUUUAAUAAUAAUCAUCAGAUGAGUUUAGAGAUGCUCAAAAAACGAUACCACGUUACAAUAAGAUGGUUUUUAAGACUCUCUAAUCGGUUUUUUUGGAGGGAUUUAGUAUUUUUAUGAAUAUUAAUGUCUUUGACAAAAUUUGAAUACUCGAAAUGUUCUAUAAAACAUUUGAGCCUCCACAUAAAGAUUUCUAGAAUUUUUAGUGCCAUUUCAGAAUUCUUAUAGAGAUUUAUCGUAUUUUUAGAGUCAUUUGGGGCAAAUUAUGAGAAUCUAUAGAGUUUUUAGAGUCAUUUGAACCUUCCUAUAAAGAUUUAAAGUAUAUUCAGAGUUAUUUCAGCAUUCUUAGAAGAUCUAUUGUAUUUGUAGAUUCAAUUGAGGCUAUUUAUGAGAAUCCAUAGUAUUUUCAGAUUCAAUUGAGGCUAUUUAUGAGAAUCUAUAGAGUUUUUAGAGUCAUUUGAGCCUUUCUAUAAAGAUUCAAAGUAUAUUCAGAGUCAUUUCAGCAUUCUUAGAAGAUUUAUUGCAUUUGUAGAUUCAAUUGUGGCUAUUUAUGAGAAUCUAUAGAUAUUUUCGAGUCAUUUGAGCCUUUCUAUAAAGAUUCAAAGUAUUUUUAGAGUCAUUUCAGCAUUCUUAGAAGAUUUAUUGCAUUUGUAGAUUCAAUUGAGGCUAUUUAUGAGAAUCCAUAGAUAUUUUUAGAUUCAUUUGAGGCUAUUUAUGAGAAUCUAUAGAGUUUUUAGAGUCAUUUGAGCCUUUCUAUAAAGAUUCAAAGUAUAUUCAGAGUCAUUUCAGCAUUCUCAGAAGAUUUAUUGCAUUUGUAGAUUCAAUUGUGGCUAUUUAUGAGAAUCUAUAGAUAUUUUCGAGUCAUUUGAGCCUUUCUAUAAAGAUUCAAAGUAUUUUUAGAGUCAUUUCAGCAUUCUUAGAAGAUUUAUUGCAUUUGUAGAUUCAAUUGAGGCUAUUUAUGAGAAUCCAUAGAUAUUUUUAGAUUCAUUUGAGGCUAUUUAUGAGAAUCUAUAGAGUUUUUAGAGUCAUUUGAGCCUUUCUAUAAAGAUUCAAAGUAUAUUCAGAGUCAUUUCAGCAUUCUCAGAAGAUUUAUUGCAUUUGUAGAUUCAAUUGUGGCUAUUUAUGAGAAUCUAUAGAUAUUUUCGAGUCAUUUGAGCCUUUCUAUAAAGAUUCAAAGUAUUUUUAGAGUCAUUUCAGCAUUCUUAGAAGAUUUAUUGCAUUUGUAGAUUCAAUUGAGGCUAUUUAUGAGAAUCCAUAGAUAUUUUUAGAUUCAAUUGUGGCUAUUUAUGAGAAUCUAUACAUCUUUUACAAAAAUUUGAGCCUUCUUAUAAAGAUUUAAAGUAUUUUCAGAGUCAUUUCAGCAUACUUAGAAGAUUUAUCGUAUUUUUAGAGUCAUUUGAGGUAAUUUAUGAGAAUCUAUAGAGUUUUUAGAGUCAUUUGAGCCUUUCUAUAAAGAUUUAAAGUAUUUUCAGAGUCAUUUCAGCAUUCUUAGAAGAUUUAUCGUAUUUUUAGAUUCAAUUGAGGCUAUUUAUGAGAAUCUAUAGAGUUUUUAGAGUCAUUUGAAACCGUUCAUAUACAGAAAAAAAAGUAUCAUUUGUCAAAAAAGAAAACAGAUUCCACAAUUAUUCUAUAGGUUUAUUAAGUUGAAUUCGUUAUAGAGAAACGAUAGUUUCGAGCCCGAAUCAUCAUCAUCAUGUCAUUUUAAGUGGAUUAACUUCGUAUUACUUUAUAUUAAAACUGUGAUAUUGGGUGUUUAGGUAGUCAGUUGUGUGCCGCUUCAGCAUAGAUUUUUCGUCUAUAUUAUUUAUUUAUGUUGUUUGUAAAAUUUUUACUAUUGUGUAUGAUAGAAAUAAUCGUAAUAAAAUGUUUUUUUUU